AUGUCAGAGAUGCCCCAGCUCCUUACGCGCUUUCAUAUUGCAAUCGUUCCCAUUGGCAUCCGUGCCCACCAUCUCGACGCCGUGUAUCACGGGCAAUGGAUCUUUGACACACCUACACCCCCUCAUAUGGACGAAGAAAACGGGCAGGCAUCUAAUACAUCGCUCGUUCAGGUAUGGCGAUGGAAUCGAGAGAAGCCAAACACCGAUCUUGUAGGCUAUAUCCCCCUUCCGCGACUGUAUUGCCAGCACUGGUUCCAACUCUGUUACACAAUAUCGCUGGAGGGAUGGAUUCUGAGGAAAUUCGAUGGUUGGUAUACGAAGAUGGCACGCAAUGACCCUCGCCGCGACCGCGGUUACAGCGCCAUGCUCAAUGUGAGCCUGGAUCUUGCAGCGCACCUGGAGGCUCGCAUCCAAAUCAUCAAGGAGCUGCUUAGUGCCGACAAAGAAGCCGACCAUCUACCAAUCUUUGACGAAUACAUCAUCCGGCAACAAUACGGCGUGGAGAGUAUCGCAUGGAGGUGGCUUCGUCCUGAGACAAGGUCGUGCAUGGUCGCGCGCCCUCUCGAUCCUAUCAACGCUUGGCACCUGGACACAAGCGACGACCCAUGGUGGACACUCGCUCCACCUUACGACGAGGGGGAAGUCGGAAUCCGGUACAUGUGGCAGUGGGGACACAUAGACGAGAACAGCGAGCGCGGACGCGCCAUCAUCGAAGCGACAGCCGGCGCUUGGGCUUGGCAAGUGGACGACUCCAGUAGUGAGUGGGGCUAUAAGCGAGAGGGUGUAUGGUCCACUUGGAGCGACGUUCGAGGGCCCCUCACAUGGCUCGAGGAGAACUGGAUUUCGCACCUGCCGAGUCUGGCAGAGACAGGCAUGUCACUUCCCGAAGCAAGGCUUUGGCGGGGGAUGGACGUCGAACAUCCACGUUGGCAGGAGGAUGGGGAACUGGUAGCUCGCGUACGCAAUGAUGAGGCAGAUGAGGAGUCGCUGGCAAGAGGGGUGACUGAUUAUCGCAGGUGUACGCUCCAGUACAAGGCGAACGGGGAGGUUGGCGAGUUCCCAAAAAUGCCGGAUCAUCGUGAUUGGCCGCACGCUCCCACCUGCCAGCUGCCAGGAUACGGGCCAAGGUCUUGCGAUCGAUGUUGCCUGAAGUACCUUUCCGGCCAGUGGAAAGGAGCAUUUCCGGAUCCCCCCUCCCCGAUACGCGACGUUGAUCGAGGACAGUUCCCGGAGCCGCACCAUUCCGAAUGCGAGAUUAAACCUAGGAUGAAGUUAGCAUAUGAGUGGGUAACACAGUCAUAA